AUGUUCAGGAAAAGCUCGCACCAUCCCGAGAGGUCUGGCCGGUCCGGUAACAUCUAUGUACACAGUAGCACCGUAGCGGGCCAAGGAUCCAGAUCGGGCCGUAGCGCUGGAUCACCGUUCGACGUCGGUUUGGUGUUGUCACCGUCCCCGCCGCUCAGCCUCCGAUCACCCUCGAGUUCAGUCAAUCAGAGUCCACCCGGCGAGCGGAACUGGUCUUCCCAGCUCGCCAGUAGUGGACCCAACCGCCGGUGCCACCGACCGCACGCCCCUCCGACCAACAAACUGUCCAACUCCGGCACCAUUUCAAAGGGAUUUGCCGCAAAUGAAAAUACCAAGAGAGCCACCAUAAUCAUCUACCCCACCGUAUCCCCCGAGACGGUCAUCAUUCCGAUCGUGUCCUGCAUCAUCGGGUUCCCCAUCCUCGCCCUGCUGGUGAUAUGCUGCCUGCGGCGGCGGGCCAAGCUGGCCAGGGAGCGCGACCGGCGGCGCAACAUCGACCUACAGGAUCACGCAGUCAGUCUGAUUACAAUGCCUCGCGAGCUGUCAGUCUGUGUUCUGAGAGAAGUAUAAGCCACAGCAUUCCUUCGCUCGAGCUGGACACGAUCCUCGAGGAGACGC